CUUAAACAGAACUAAAGGUAAAGUCAAGUAGCAGGGGACCCUCAAGGAAAACUGAAUUUACAUCUUUAACUCCCUAUCAAAAAGAAACCUAUUUGCUGCAGCUCCCUGUGCUGAACCAUGAAUUUCCUCCGCAGACGCCUUUCAGAUAGCAGCUUUGUGGCUAACCUACCCAAUGGCUACAUGAUGGACCUUCAAAGGCCAGACAACUCCACAAGCUCCCCAGUUUCACCAGCCUUGGAAAGAAAGCAACAGCAGCCGCCGCCGCCAGUUCCAGCAUCUGCACCCUCCACAGGGUCUAGUCUCUUCAGUUCCAUCACCAAUGCAGUCAAGCAGACCACCCAAGCAGCGGCGGGACUAGUUGAACAGACAGGUCCUCCAGCGCUUCCUGUGGUACUAAAGCCCAAGAUACUUCUAGUGAUUGAUGAUGCACACACAGACUGGUAAGAAUGAUCAUUUAAGUGAAUAUUUACAAUUAUUGUUAUUUUCAAAAAUGUGCAUGUAAACUUUUAUUUCACACUUUCCAUGCAAUAUGUCUAAGCUCUGAUUAUGGAUGAUAUUGUACUUAAAAGCACCAAACAACUUUAGUUAAUGAAGCAGUUUUGGUUAGAUCAUGCCCCUGCAGUCUCACUGCUCAAUUAUCUGUCAUUUAGGAGUUAAAUCACUUUAUUUAUACAGCCAUUGUCACAGUUAUCUGCAUGAGACUCACAGCCUUCCUAUACACUACCUGUUUAGAUACAUAUAAUGUUUAAACUUCCUUGAUUGCACAGUUGGUUUAGUUUGGAAUUUCUUAUCUCCUACUGUUUUAGUAACCUCCUAAACCCUGCAGGAGCCUCUUGUAUGUGAUUAAAGUUCAGAGCAGGAGAUAAAAACUUCUCAAAUAAGUUAAUGUCUGAUUGAAAAUGAAACAAAAUGAAACAUGUAUUUUUCAUGCAGACUCCUAAAUGGCAGAAAAUUGAGCAGUGAGACUGCAGGGGCAUGAUCUAUACAUGCAAACUGCUUUAUUAAGUCAAAGUAGUUUUAAAUCUAUAGUAUCCCUUUAAAAUGUAUAGUACAAAGUAAAAGUGGCCAUACUGUGUCUAUAUGUAACGUAGUUCACCAUUUAGUAAACUAGGCUGUGUUUUCCUAAUUGAUAGAGCUGUGGAACGCAUUCCCUAUUGUAAAUGCAGGAUGCUUGAGCGACAAUUCUGGUGGGCUCUCAUAUAGCAGCAGCAAUUUUUACAAAUCACUGCCAGCAUAAUCCACUUUUAGACUGGAGAGUGGGCUCAGGGUGCUCUAUUAACAACACUUAUAGUGCAUAAAAUGGACAUUUAGGGCUAAAUAGAAAUCUCAAAAAUGAGAAUAGGUUAAUUUAGAGAUAAUGAACUCCAGGAAGGGAUUUGAUUGGGUUCAUUAUUAUCUGCUGGAGGUAGAGUUCAUUAAUGCAAAUAAGCAUAAAAUGUAACUGUAGAAAAGCAGUUUAUGCAUUUUAGGAGUACUUAAAAGAGUAAAUUAUAAGCUUAGGUCACACGUGUCCCUAUUUAGGAGGGACAGUCGCUGUUUAGACCUAAACCCCUCUGUUUCUCUUUUCAUUUCACUCUUGAAUGAGCACUCAUAAAUAUAUAUAUAGUUAAUACAAUGUUAAACAAAAAAAAAUACUUGUUUUCCUGGCACUAUAGUGCCCAGAGGGUGCCCCCACCCUCAGGGUCCCCCUCCCGCCGGGCUGGAUGGCGAGGAAAGGGUUAAAUCUUACCUUUUUUCCAGCGCCGGGCGGGGAGCUCUCCUCCUCUUCUCCUCCUCUUCGGCUGAAUACGCAUGCGCGGCAGGAGCUGCGCGCGCAUUCAGCCAGUCUCAUAUGAAAGCAUUCACAAUGCUUUACUAUGGGCGCUGGCGUCUUCUCACUGUAGCGGCUGUUUCUCUGAAACUGCUAUGUUUAUAAAAAAAUGGGUUAAUCCUAGAGGGACCUGGCAACCAGACCACUUCAUUAAGCUGAAGUGGUCUGGGUGCCUAGAAUGGUCUGUGGUCUGCAGAACCACUCCUUUAUUGGGGGUGUCUUGCUAAUUGCCUAUAAUUUCCACAUGUUGUCUAUCCCAUUUUUACAACAGCAUGUGAAAUUGAUUGUCACUCAGCGUUGCUUCCUAAGUGGACAGUUUGAUUUCACAGAAGUGUGAUUGACUUGGAGUUACAUUGUGUUGUUUAAGUGUUCCCUUUAUUCAUGAAACCGUAGGAGGGCAAUAACCCAGCAGCAGGACCGCUACCUCCGCCUUUGUGCAAGGAGGAACAGGAGGAGCACUGCUCUUCACAGAUGAAAGCAGGUUCACACUGAGCACAUGUGACAGACGUGACAGAGUCUGGAGACGCUGUGGAGAACGUUCUGCUGCCUGCAACAUCCUCCAGCAUGACCGGUUUGGCAGUGGGUCAGUAAUGGUGUGAGGUGGCAUUUUUUUGGGGGGACGCCUAGCCCUCCAUGUGCUCACCAGAGGUAGCCUGACUGUCAUGAGGUACCAAGAUGAGAUCCUCAGUCCCCUUGUGAGACCAUAUGCUGGUGCGGUUGGCCCUGGUGCGGUUCCUCCUAAUGCAAGUCAAUGCUAGACCUCAUGUGGCUGGAGUGUGUCAGCAGUUCCUGCAAGACGAAGACAUUGAUGCUAUGGACUGGCCCGCCCGUUCCCCAGACCUGAAUCCAAUUGAGCACAUCUGGGACAUCAUGUCUCGCUCCAUCCACCAACGUCACAUUGCACCACAGACUGUCCAGGAGUUAGCAGAUGGGACUGUCCAGGUCUGGGAGGAGAUCCAUCAGGAGACCAUCUGCCACCUCAUCAGGAGCAUGCACAGGAGUUGUAGGGAGGUCAUACAGGCACGUGGUACAGGCACGUGGAGGCCACACAUACUACUGAGCCUCAUUUUGAUUUGUUUUAAGGACAUUACAUCAAAGUUGGAUCAGCCUGUAGUGUGUUUUUUCCACUUUAAUUUUGAGUGUGACUUCAAAUCCAGACCUCCAUGGGUUGAAAAAUUUGAUUUCCAUUUUAAAAUUUUUGUGUGAUUUUGUUGUCAGCACAUUCAACUAUGUAAAGAACAUAAGAAUGUAAAGUAUACAUUGAUUGAUAGGAAUACUUCCAGAGGGACUUCCUAUCAUGUAGGGCCCUAAAAAGGCCUUGUACACGUCAGACGUAUUAAAAGACGUCUGACGUGAGCAGGAGAGAGAAGGCACUGUGUGCGCGCCUUCUCUCUCCUGCCUGUCAGCAGAGGAGAGGGGGCGGGCAAAGACCGCAAGCUGAGCUGUCAGUCAGCUCAGCUCGCGGCUGCGCACACAUGAGCGGUAGUGCACUCGGGACUUCAGAUGGCGGCAUGAAUGCCGCCCUAUGAAGUAUGUGUGCAUGUGCGGCAAAGCUGCACAUGCGCACAAGGGAGCAAUGACGCUUCCAAAUGGAAGCGUCUGAUUGCUCCCUGCUCGCGCAGGUGAAGUGCACCCUGAACUGGUAGGUAUCCUUGCCAGGUAAGUACCUGUGUUUGUUUACUGUCACAGAGAAUCCUCCUGCCCUGUACUGAGCGGCUGUACUGCCUGGCUCCGCCUUCCUUCAGGUCAGACAUGCCGGGGAAGGAGGGAAGCUGCACAUGGAGAGGGAGAAGGAGACAGAUUGAACUUUAACAAAGAAAGGAAGGAGUUCUGAGGAGGUAAGGAACUAGAAAAGGCUGGGUCUGAGAGGAAUGUUAGUGGGUCUGAGUAGGGAAGAGAUUCUGGAUAUAAAAUAGACUUAGUGAGGCAAUGUGGGGAAUGAAAAUGAAGUUAAAGGUGGGUCUGUGAACAAAAUGCAUUAAUUUAGAUGUGUGUGUUUUUUUACAUAAUGUCCAGUGCUUGAAAUGAAAGCUAAUUGCAGUGAGUUAAAGAGCAUGAUACUAAAUACAUAUAGAUUUUUUCUUUUGUUUUUUAUUCAAUUCAUGAUCUCAGCACAGAGUGAGUGUGUGAAAUUGAAUAGAAGUCUAUUGUGUGUCAUGAAUGCAGGGGUAUAUUUGUGGUGUGUCUCUGUGCAUGAAUGCAGGAGUAUAUUUGUGUAGGUUGUCUGUGUUCAUUAAUGCAACAUAAUGGUAUGCUGCCUGUCCGUAAACAAUCUGCAACAGUGAUGCAAAAGUGAUACUGUCAGAAACAAAUGUUUUACUACUGCAUUAAGUAAAACAUUAUCAGUAAUAUAAAACCAUUUUUUUUCUUUUUGCUAAUAAAAGUGCUCCUCCACUAUUGAGACUCAGGAUACCAGGGGUACCAGUAACAUGUUUACAGUCUCCAUAGAACCCUUGCAGUACAUGAAUUCAGUCGUCCGCAGUAAAUAUCAGAAAAACAAGGCUAGUAUGAUGGUGACAGGCUCUCCUCUGCGGUUGACUGCUGCACAUGGCACUGGCGAAACAUACCCCGUCACUUUCUGCUAGCGUGGAAUACGUUGCCACUCCUUCUCUAGCUUCUCUCAUUUACCUUUCAGUCCAUCACUCAGGGUACAAUUGUAGAAUGCCACUGGGUCCGUUAAAUGAGCAUUCAGGAGAGCAGGUUUUGUUGUCCAGUCUACCCAAACUGCAGUACUAUCCCGCUACACAGUAAAACCAGCUGUAAGCAGUUUUCUAAUAAAAUUUUUCUCUUCCAAAUGUAAUAAAUGGUUUCUCUUGUUAGUCCUUGUGAUGUCACGCAUAUAUAAUGACUUGUGCAGAUUAGUGUGGCCGGUAUUUUUUUCUAGGAAAGGUGUCAACCCUAAUCACCAGCAGCAUCCCCACCAUUGCAAUACUGCAUGCACCCUUCUUACACAUACACACAAUUAUAACACUCACCAACUUAUUAAUAGAUAAAAGAAGAAAAACUGUGAUAACACAAUACUUUGAAAUACGGGAGAAACACAACAUCACAAGCAGCAUUCCACAUACGCAACCCACAAGUAGCCUACAAACAUGUUUUUGGAGGCUACUUGUAUGGUUGCACAUGUGUGGGACUCUUCUUGUGAGGUCACCAUCAAACACAUAGGAAGCAUGUAAUUACAUUUGCUUUAUUUUAAUAGGGGUCAUGCCAAUAAGGGUUACUCCAUUCAAAAACAGUGUUAGCAAACCUGCCCCUGUUUGAAGGCCCUGCAGGUAGGACUCACAACUGUGUGGCUCUCACAGCCAAUCAGGGUGCUGUGCAGCAUGCACAUAAUAUCUGUGUGAGAGCCACAGGAGGAAGAAGAGUAGCAGUAGACAAAAAAAAAAAAAAAGCAUGCGUCAGGAGAGGGGCCCUGACCCACCAUUGCACGAUGGCACUAUGAGUUGUUAGUUCAGCCCUGGGUGUAGUGCUUUAUGUGUCUGGAGCCUGUCACAUUGGUUAAAGUUUAUAAAACUACCAAUUUCAAUAGAAAUUUUCACUUUUAUAAUUAAAGCAGAAACAGCUCCCAAACUGUUAGUCAGACUGGCAGAGCUAAAUUGGAGUUAUCUUUUCCACCUCUAUAUCUGCACUCUAUGCUGGUGCUACGAAAUAUAGAAUUUUCCAAUUCUGCUUUUAGUUCCCAGUCUGGACAUGAAGGUACAGUAUCAGGCUGAACCUGGCCCUAUAAACAAUUAAAUGAGGCUUUACUGCAGUGUAUAGAAUCUGCUCCCUAAAAUACAAAGUUCACUAAAACUGUAUGUAGACUACAUUUUACACUUUUGAAACCUUUUAAAACCAAACGUGUUUUGGUUUAUAAUUAAUAGCAUAAUAUGCUUUGCUAUUUUAAGGAAUUAAUUAAUAAAGUACUGUGUACAGACUGAUGGUCUGAUUUACGAAUCUUAACACUAGAUGUCAGUAUUUCCAUGCAUUUAAUUUGUAACUGCUAGUAUAUUGGGCCUCAGAAGCUUUUUGUGGCACUGUUUUUCACCUAUAAUACAGCAAACACUAAAAAUAAAAAAGAACCCGCUCCCCCCAAAAAUAACUACCUAAAACAGGGUGUUCCUUAGGUAUGACAAUCAGAAAGUUAUCUAAAUAGCGUUUUUAUUUUAAAGCAGCAUGCCACAGCCAAACCUGGAUGCCAUUCUAGUGAACAUAAUCAUUUACCAAAGACACGGGUAAGAAACAUGGUGUAUCACGUAAAAUUUACCUUGUUCUUUCUAAGGCACCAGAAUCAUAGGGAACUUCGAAUGGACUCUAAAACACAACAGUAAAACCCUCAAAUCAAUCAAAUCUGCUGGGAAUGAGACCGCCCUUGAGAGCGAACCAGCAUUUUUAUCGUGUUCAUUAUGAACCACCUACUGGUCUCUUUCCCUGGAACUUUGCCCCUUCUUUAGCAAAGGCAGAAAAUAUGACUUCCUCCACCCCAGUGGGCAUUAAUGCUUGAACCUGCAAGAGCUAAACCACCAUCUCUUUCUUUCAUUAUAUUCCCUCCAGAGAGAGCACUGCCAGUGUGACACUGAAAGGGCAGUACUUUUGUUUGUAUGUAUAUGUUUACAUAGUUUCUGCGUGUUGGACCACACUAGCAGCCGUGACAGGUUGUAUCUAAUUUUAAGACCUGCUAAGGUCUCACGAGUACAAAAUUUGCUAGAUUCACAAAUGCUCACAUUUUAAAUCUAUCUGAUCUUCAUUAAGAAAAUAAUAUAUUAUGUUUAUAUGCAAAGUGACUAUUUCAAACAGACCCUCAGAAUGCCACAGUUGUCUCCUGUGUUAAAUGAGUUUUACAGAAUCCUAGUUUGUACUGUUUUUGCCUGGGAAGAGUGCGCGUAAGAUGGGCUGGAGCGCUAAACAUUCUUCCUGUUUGCCCUGUGUCUCCAAGGCAGUUGCUGCUAAACGGCUGUCUCAAACCCUUUAUGUGCACACACAAUGCCAUCAUACAGAGCCUCCUUGUACAUCCCCCUCACUGUGAUACAAGGCAUUCCCACAGCCUCAGGUUUUUGCCUUACUUUGCCAAAACUGCACAGCAGACAGUGGGAAAACGUGUUGUAUCUCUGCUCUUUGGAUCUCUGCUAUAAUCCGACAGAGUAUGCAGGAGGUGGGUGAGGGCAUGUCUCACAUACACAGUAGGAUUUCUUUUAGGGAAAACAACUGUAUGCUAAAACCGUGUUAUGUGUGUGUAAUUAUGUUUAUAUUGUGCAUAUCGUACCUCUGGUCUUCUCUAACCCUGUCCAGUCACUUCCUCCUUUAUUUUGAUUAUUAGAUCACUUUGGAACAUUAACUGGCUAUAAAAUAAAUUAUUCAAAAUCCUGUGCUGUGCCCUUCCAUAUAUCACAAGCUGAGAUAGAUUCUUUAUCGAUCAAAAUUUUACCUGAUUAUCGCCUCAUCUUUUCAAUAUUUGGGUGUUAAGAUUGGCUCUUCAUAUACAAACUUGUUUUUGGAAAACUCAUUAUUAAAUUAAAGAAAGAUUUGGAAGGAUGGAUUGAUAAGCCUAUUUCAUGGAUUAGUAGAAUCCACUGUAUCAAAAUGAAUAUCUUGCCUAGAAUAUUAUUUUUAUUUCUCAAAAUUAGAAAGAAUUUAAAAAGAGUGAUUUAGAUGGCCUUCAGAAAACUAUAGAUACAUUUAUCUGGCAAAAUAAGCUUAAUAGAUUAGCCAGGAAUCUUCUAUAUAGGAAUCUUCUAUAUAGACCCAGGAACAAAGGAGACUUAGGCCUCCCAAAUCUUUUUUUAUAUUAUUAUGCGGCGCAAUUGUCUCAAGUUGUGAUGUGGCACUCUAAUCCAUUAGAUCAUCGUUGGGUCGAGAUUGAAUCAUAUUUCAUGAUGUCUGAUUUACUAUCAUGUCAUUUCUGGCUGGACAAACCAUCUAGAAUAGCCUCAGGAACAUCAUGCCCCUCAAUUUUAAACUCAUUACAUAGCUGGGAUAAGUUGAAAACCAAGUAUAAUCUCACAAAUAAUUCCUCUCCUUUUACCCCAGUUCUACCAGGGGUGUAUUAGCCGCGAGGCAAACAAGGCAUUUGCCUUGGGCGGCAUUUUCCAGGAGCCGGCAAAAAAAGCCGCCCCCCAAAUGCCCAGGGCAAAUGCCUUGUUAGCCUUCCGGCUGGCGGCUGGCGAGGGAGCUCUUCCUCUGAGCGGUCUGCUCUGCUCCCUCGCGCGCCGCAGAGUGAGGCUGGGAGCCGGAAUAUGACGUCAUAUUCCGCCUCCCAGCCUUACUCUGCGGCGUGCGAGGGAGCAGAGCAGAGUGCUCAGGGGAAGUGCUCCCUCGCCAGCCGCCUGCCCAGCAGCCACUGCACCCCCAGGGAGAGAGGGACCCCUGCCUCCCCCCCACCACUCCCAAAGGUAAGGAGGCUGGGGGGGUUAAAUAAAAAAAAAAUUGUUAAUGUGAGUGAGUGUGUGUGUGUGCCUGUUAGUGUGUGUCUGUUAGUGUUUGUGUCAGUGUGUGUGUGUUAGUGAUUGUGAGUGUGUCUGUUAGUGUGUAUGUGUCUGUUAGUGUGUGUGUGUGUGUCUGUUAGUGUGUGUGUUAGUGAUUGUGAGUGUGUCUGUUAGUGUGUAUGUGUGUCUUAGUGUGUGUGUCUGUUAGUGUGUGUGUGCCUGUUAGUGUGUGUGUUAGUGAUUGUGAGUGUGUCUGUUAGUGUGUAUGUGUGUCUUAGUGUGUGUGUCUGUUAGUGUGUGUGUGUGUCUGCUAGUGAGUGAGUGUGUGUCUGUAAGUGUGUGUGUUUCUGUUAGCUAGUGUAUGCGUAUCUGUCAGUGAAUGUGUGUGUGUGUGUGUGUAUUUAAAAGGCAGCGCGGCGGGAAGGGUUGGGUGGGAGUGGCACACGGGGGGGGAGAGGGGCGCCUGAGUUUUGUCCUGCCUAGGGCAGCACAAAACCAGGAUACACCACUGAGUUCUGCGGAAUAGGUAGUUCACUCCAGGCACGAGACCGCAUGAUUUUAAACAUUUUGAAAGAGCAGGCAUUCUAAGGCCAUCAGUGUGGGGCACACUUGGAUAUGUAUCACAAUGGGAAUCAGAUUUAGGGGAAACCCCAGAGAUGGGAGUGUGGACUGAUAUGUAGGAAACGGCUUCUAAAAUAUCAGUUUGUGCGCUCUCCCAGCAAAUGUUUAAAAUUUUGUUUAGGUGGCAUGUUACUCCUGUUUUUUGUAUAUAAUCGGUAGACACCAUCAGAUCUUUGCUGGCGAUUAUGUGGACUCAGGGGCACCUACCUACAUAUGUGGUGGGCGUGUCCUAAAAUUACUCAAUUUUGGAAACUAGUAAAAGAUCAAUUGAAUUCUCGCCUUGGAUAUUCUUAAUCUCUAGACCUAUGGAGGGGAUGCCAAAGCAUUCACAUAAACUACUAUAUUCCAUGCCAUUAGCAGCCCGUAGAGUUAUUGCAGAUGGAUGGUUGAAAACUGAUAUUCCCCCAAUUAGUAAAGUCAUUUUAAAAAUUGACGAUAAUUUACUCAUGGAUGAACUAACUUUAAAAAUCAUACAUUCAACCCCAUCCUUUAUCAAAACUUGGGAUCCAUGGCGAAAGUUUAUUACUAAUAAAAAUAGAUAAGAAAACCACGCUGUCGCUUUCAGGGAAAUAACACAAACAGGCGUGAAUAUUUUUUUUUUCUUCUCAUUUGUUUGUUUUAUACUUUGUCUAUUUUCUUCGAGAUUACGUUUUUUUUUGUCUAUACUUGAAAAACUUGAAAUCCAUUUUUGCAAAAUGUUAUAAAGCAAUUGUAUAUGCACUGCAUAAUUAAUGCAUUUUUCUUUUGCCUACAAUAUAUAUUUGUCUGUUUUUGACUCUCAUAAAUAAAGAAUAAUAAAAAAAAGGCUCUGUAACAUAAUAGUGAUUCUUUUUUUUUUUUUUUUUUGAGAUUCACAGCUAUAAAAUUUACAUACUGCAUCAUGAAUUUUGGUAUGUAUUUAUGGCCAUUGGACUGAUACUAAAACCCUCCAGUUAUUUAAAUUUGAAUAGGGAUUUGAGAUAGAGCACAGGUAAAAAAUAAUUAAAUAAAAAUCAUUUUGUUCUAUGAAUGAAAGGGUUUAUGUGUGGAAUGCCUGAGAAUGUAGGGCUUUUUUAGCUUAGCGGUGCCAGAUCCAUUAUUUUUUCCUUGACACACAUCAAUUCUUCAAGUUGAUGGAUAGUACAUAAAACCACUGUCCUUCAAUGAUAAAGGAUUCCACAUUGUUUUGAUUGAUUAUUUUCCUGUAGCAUUUAAAUAAUGUGUCUAGGAAAUCAUGGAGGGUAUGGCAAAAUUACAUAUCAUGCCUUGUAAGCCUUGUUACCAAAACAAAUUUAGCUUAAUGAAGUUUGGUGCAUAGAUCAUGCCUCUGAAGUCUCACUGCUCAAUUCUCUGCCCUUUAGGAGUUCACUAUAUUUUGUCUCUGUUUAUGCAGCCCUAGCUGCAACUCACCUGGCUGUGACAAACACAACCUUUUUUUCCCAGUCAGAUAUUAACUUACUUGAGAAGUGUUUAUCUCCUGCUCUGUAAAUUGAACUUUAAUUGCAUACAGGAGGCUGCUGCAGGGUUUAGCAAGCUAUUAACAGAGAAGGAGAUGAGAAGUUUUAAAUUAAUAUUUACAGAAUGUGUUUAGGAAGGCUGUACAUGUUACAUGCAAGGAGGUGUGAUUAGGGCCGUAAACAAAGUGAUUUAACUCCUAUAGCAGAGAAUUGAGCAGUGAGACUGCCAGGGCAUGAUCUAUACAACACAUCUGCUUCUUUAACAGGAAUACAAAAAAAAAAAAAACACAUGUAUUCCUGACACUAUAGUCCUGAAAUUGCAUUUUAGGUGACCGUCCCCACUCCGAUUGCACUGAUAAGGUGAUUUUACUCAACCUUUCUCUUACGCUGCACCUGUCUCAUCGCGUCUGACCCCACCUGGUCCUGCCUCCAUGCCUGUCAUCAUCAAACUUUAUGAUUUCACCCAAUCCAAUGCUAUCCUAUAGGAAAACAUUGGGAGGCUAUUGUGCAUAUCUUCAUAGAGAUGCACUGAAUUACAGGGAAUGGUUAGCGCUUCCAUUCAGAGUGUGGAGAUGCUGAAUCCUAGUGUUGCACAAUGUGCAGCACUGAACUAGGAUGCACCUCUCUGAAAAGGCAGUGUUUACAUUGAAUACAUUACAUUGAACAGCCUGCAGGAACAGGGUAUAGUCACCAGAACCAAUACAUUAGGCUGUAGUGGUUCUAGUGACUAUAGUGUCCCUUUAAGCUAAAGCUGUUCUAUUGACUAUGGUGUUCCUUUAAAUAAUGUAUGUCUAUAUAAUGGGGGUUUAUUUACUAAACUCUUAAUUAUUGUGAAUGAUUUUGUAAUUUGGAUUUGUCAUAUUCCGUCUCCCGGCAUCACUGCGGGCACUGGGCAGGGAGAGAGUUUACACUCAGCACUCCCUCGCGGCCUGCGGGCCGCAAACAUUUUAGUUGUGGGCCGCGACUUUGACAUCUAUGGUUUUGACAUCUACAUUUCACAAUGUAAUGUAACAUGUUCAAAGACUCAUUAAUGGACCAGGAUAUUGAUAUAUUUGCAGAAAAAUGUACCACCAGCAACAAUGUACAAUUAACAAGGAACCAAAUCCAAAGUUUACCAGCUAAUGUUAAGGAAACAUAUAUGAUUGGAAAUACUAAUUUUAAAAAAAAAGAUACAUUUUUUCAUCCUAGUGUGGUGAUGCGUAAAUACACUUUAUGGUACUUUAUAGUUAAAAUUCUCUUAGAAUUGACAAGGGAGUUGCAAACUUUACACCCAUAUUGUCAAGCUGGAAAUGUUAGAAAUUCCCUUCCCAGUUUACUGAAUAAACUCCAGCAGAGUUAUUAACUAAAAGAUGAAUUGUUAAAUGUUGCAUUAUGUAGGCCAAAAUAGCUCCAAGAGAAGCUGAGAUCAUCUUUUUUUUGUCCAAUAAUAUGCAAUACCCUGUGCAAUACGCCUAAAAUGGCAUUGUUUACUACAAAGUGGGAUUAGGAGUAAAUUUCACUGCAUUACAGCUGGGAUAUUUGUAAACUGAAGACAUACAGUUUUAUGGAAAAUUUCCAGGUUUAAAACCAUUCAUAGAUAUAACAAGUAGCAGACUGAACAUCAAAUUACUGUAAUUAUGCAGGUGUAACUGAGAGCACACUGUGUACUUUUUAUGCUGGAUUAGAUGUAAUGUUCUUGUAACAUUUAGUGUUAUUACAUAUUGUACAUUUUGCUUAGAGGGAGUUUAUGUAUUUAUACUUAAAUAUAUACUUAUAUUAUGCUUUAUACAAUGGUUUUUAUGAAAUGAGAAUAUAACUAUUGUAGAGUUAAUCACAAAAGUCAGAAUUGUUGGGAAUUCAAAGUGAAAUUCAAAUUGAAGGCAAAACUAGCCAAGGUGGAGAAAUUCUCCAAGUCAGCUAUGCUUCUAGUUCUGCUACUUGGCUGCUACUUGGCCUUACAUGGUAGCUGUCAUGCCAGGUACAAUAGCAUGACAGUUUAAAUAGCUGCAAAUUCUAUCAAUUACAUUUUGCUAGCAUAUAUGCUAGCAAAUGUAAAUCCGUCAUCAAGUUCAGAUGUCAGCAUGAUUUCAAUGAAGCCUGCAUGUUGGUUUUACGGAGGAGCUUUGCCCUGGUUGGAAAAGCUUCCUCAAAACAGAGUAAUUCAAAGAAGACUGUGAGUCAGAGUGGGCCAGAGGUGGGAUUUAAAGAAAUGACUCCCAUUCACACUCAGAUGCCUUAUUAGCAGUGUUAAUUUUGACGGCAUAUUUCAAUUUAGUUUUAAUCUUAGUCUUUUGACUAGAAAGUCAUUUUAGUUUUAGUCGUAUCUUAUUGUUUUUAUUUUAGUCUAGUUGUAGUUGACUAAAUCUCCAGUAGAUUUUAGUCAACACAACUAAAAUCUAAUGUGUUUAAAGACUGUCUCUUUUGCCCCUUUAUUAGCCCCUCUGGGUGUCUCCCUCUAAUGUCCCUCUAUGUCUUUUUUGCCCAUUCCCUGGUCUGUGUCUUUUGCCCAUUUUCCAGCCCAUCUGUGGCUCUUUGCAUUCCCUACCAUUUCCUAUCUGUGUCUGUUUCUCUCCACACCCCCAUUUGUGUGUCACUCUCCCCCAGCCCUAUUUCUUCCCGAGCCCCUCUAUAUCGCUUUGUUUCACCCCGGCCCCUCCAUGCAUCUCAUAUCUCCCAUGUGUCUCAUUCUCCCAGCCCCACAAUGUGUCCCAAUUCCUUCCCCGCAGCCCCUCCACUUGUCUAUUUCUCCCAAUGCCAUGUGCUAAUUCUCCCCUUAUCUGUCUCGUUCCCCCAGCCCCCCAUGUGUCUCAUUCCCUUUAGCCCCCUAUGUGUCUCAUUUCCUCUCCUCCCUCCCACUUGUGUCUUACCUGCUAGUUUUAAUUUUGGCAGCAAUUUUCAAUUUAGUUUUAGUCUUAGUCCUUAGACUAAAAGCCAUUUUAUUUUUAGUUGUAUUUUAGUCAUCUGAAUUGUUUUAGACGACUGAAUCUCCAAAAUUUUAGUAGACUAAAUCUGACAAAUUCUUAGUAGACAAAAUUAACACUUUUUAUUAGGUACCAAUUAGAAACCCUUUACUAAUGCAUACGUUGGUGGAGAGCCUUUUGAAACCAUUUAAGCUUUGGUUUUGAAGUUCCCAUGUUUAUCUUUCAUGUUAAAGUUAGAUUAUGACUCAUUUGGGGUUGCAGGUGUGGCAUGGAAUGGCUUUAUGGUGUCAUGAAAUCCCCAUAUUCUUACUAAGGAUAAGUGAUUCUAGGUAGCCUUGUAGGAGUGCAUAUUGUCUGCGCUGAUCCCUUUAUGUAUUUUUAGACCUUUAAUUCAAUCUUCUAUUCACUGUCUUUCAUAAAUAGCAGUAGGGACACUAUGGAAGCACUGGGAGGAUCUUUAUAUUGAAAAAUCUUCCUGCCAGAAGCAUAUAUGGUGUCUUUACAAAUCCUGAAAAAUCUAACAUUUAUAAAUUCUUUGUUGGCCUUGUGCUGGCCUUGUUUGCGACAUAUAGUGUAAAAUUGUCUGAUUACAUCAUGUUUGCUAAGGUGUCCCGCCUUGUCUGUCGUAUAUCACUUUUCUGGCAAGAACCAUGACAGUAAAAUGGCAAGGAAACUAGACUAACAUUUACCUCCCAUUUCCUUCCAUAACAGGACCAAGUAUUUCAAAGGGAAGAAGGUGAACAAGGACUAUGAAAUUCGGGUGGAGCAGGUAAGAGUCAAUUACAUCACCGUACAGAUGUCUUACUGA